CCUUGAGCGGGCAGGACUGCUCUUGGAGCUGUGACAGGAAACUUCCCCGUUGUUGGUCGGCUCCCAGCAGCAGUAGCGGCAGUCGGUCCCCCUCCAGCGCGUCAGCCGCACGUUCGCGUCUGAAAUGCACUUGACUGGACUGGGCUGCGUUCUGCGGGACUUUGUCGCCCUGUCGAGUCAUGGCUUUCCAUCUUCAUUUAGGAUAAGACAGUAAGCGCGAGACUUUUGUAGGAGCAACUUUGGAACUGUACAUUUCGUUUUGGAGCCUCACUGGGCGCGAGGAUGGAGGCGGUGUUCUACCUGCUCGCCUUCAUGUUGGCCCGGGUUAGUUGGGGUCUCGGGUACGCGGAGUCCAGUGUUCAGACGGGCCAGAGAGCGGCGAGCAGACACAGGAACUGGUGUGCUUAUGUGGUGACUCGCACUGUUAGCUGUGUGAUGGAGGAUGGGGUGGAGACGUACAUCAAACCAGACUAUCAACGCUGUACCUGGGGCCAGUGUCCUCGAGUUGCCUACCGGACGUUCAGGAGGCCACGGUAUAAGGUAGCUUACAAGAUGGUGACAGAAAUGGAGUGGAAAUGUUGCCAUGGUUACUCUGGGGAAGACUGCCACAAUGGGCCAAAGGGAACCACUGACAACCAGGUCAAUGGAGGGCGACCCCGCGUCACGCAGACGGGCUACAACCCAGACGGAGGACAGAGAGGAGGAGGUGACUCUGAGAAGAUCAGACAGCUGGAGGAAACCAUCCGGGGUCUUAGCAAAGACCUGCAUAACAUGCAGACCACCAUCCAUGGCAUGAACCAGAGGCUGCCUGGUCUGAAUGGGGGUGCUGCCCCUGCUGAUUCAGCUCAGCCCCACAUGAAGGAGACCAUCAACAGCAUCCAGACCAGGCUGGACCAGCUCUACAACAGAACACAGGUCCACGACCAGACCAUGCUCAACAUCAACAACCACCUGGUAAAUGGAGGGGGGAACCAGCUGACCACGCUGAAGGAGGAGAUUCUGACCGAGCUGGAGAGAAGGGUGACUCUGUCCUGCUCCGCCUGCCAGGCUGGUGUGGAGGACCUGAGGCGCCAGCAGCAAGAGGACCGGGAGCGGAUCCAAGCCCUGGAGAAGCUGAUUGGCUCCAUGGACCAGCACCUGAGGCAGAGCCUGGAAAUCUCCCGCAGCGAGAGCCAGCGCUCCCAGGCCUGCUGCAACACCGUCAACGAGCUGGAGAAGAGGCUGACGGAUGUGGACGUCCGGGUCACCUCCACGGCUAACAAGUGUGACACCAUUAAAGGGCGGCUGGAUAAGGAGCUGGAUGGGACGGGCGGAGGAAAGGGAAGAGUGACGGAGGACAGGCUGAACGGCAGACUGAGAGAGCUGGAGAAAAGGGUGAACAACACGGUGAGAAAGACGGAGCAGAGGUGCACCAACACGGGCAACAACGUGAAGGACAGCGUCCAGAGAGACAUCACGCAGUUGCGCAACAUGGUCCUCAGUCGGCUGGACGAGCACGGCUUCAAGAUCGGCAAGAUAGAGCUGGACGUGGGCGUGUUAGGAGACACGGUCACCGACCACAGUCGGCGUCUGAAGCAGCUGGAGAACAUCACAACUGUCCUGGACAAGAGGCUGACAACGACCACAAACAUGUGCCACGAGACCUGCGGGCCCAACGGACAGGGCCGUAAGACUGACGACACCGUGAAAACGUUAGAGUGGAGAGUUGUGGCCAACGAAGAGGACAUCCAGAAGUUUAACACCCGGUUGGAUGAUUUGUCCGUGUCCGGGGACUCGCUGACCGACCGAGUCAUCAACUUAGCAGAAGAUGUCAAAAAGAUAAUAGCUGUGACGGGGGAGAGCGGCGAGCAUUUCAACCGGAUCGUCACAGAGGUGGAAACGUUGGGCCGUGAUGUCGAGGACUGUUCAAUUUGCCGGAGAGUAGAGGACAACUUGCGCUCGCUCACCAACUCCACCAACAGCAGCCUCAGCAGGUGCCAGGCCGAACUCACCGAUCUGAGGAGGAAGGUGGACUCAGGAGAAUCGGUGUGCUCUCAGGUGUGCUCCAACCUUCAGGAGGAGGUGGGCCGACUGCGAGAGGAAGUGGAGGAGUGUACCGGACAGUGUAAAACCAACAUCAACGAUCUGAAGAAACGCCUGGAUGGCCAUGGCGUCCAUAGUGGGAAAUUAGGAGGGGAUCUGAAGUCCAUCCAAGGAGAACUGGCUGGAGUCAUGGUCACAUGUAACUCCAUCAAUGAGACUCUGAAGGGCCUGGGAAGGACUGUACACACGCAUGGCAACACGCUGACGGAUCUGACCAACACCAAGGACGACCUCAUCUCUGAGGUGGACAAUUUGCAGAAGGAGCUGACAGAGCAUGUUGAUGACUCAAAGAUUCGAUUCGGCGAUCUGCAAAAAGAGAUCCAGAUCAUCCGGAGCAACUAUGUGACGGAGGUGGGGGAGUGCUGGCGUUCUGGCGACGGCCUGGAAAGAAGACUCUCCAAGCUGGAGGGAGUGUGCCAACACUUGGACUCGUUCUCAGACAGCCUGGACAGGAUCAGGGAGGGCCUGAACCGACAUGUGUCUGGGCUGUGGAGCUGCGUCAACGGACUCAACGUCACAGUACUGUCUCACCGAGACCUCAUCCACAAUAUCCAGACCGUCCAGCUGGAGAACGUCCACUCCGACAUACACAGACUCAACUCUUCAGUGCUGGACUUGGUCAAGGAGUUCCACAGUUUCGUAGAACAGGACUUCAUGGGUCCACCUGGUCUACCGGGCCCCCGUGGAGAGAGGGGCGAGCGUGGAGCCCAGGGUCCCGUAGGACCCCAAGGGAGGGUGGGACCUCCAGGCACAGAGGGCAAGCCAGGACUAACUGGACCCCCAGGUCUCAGAGGUGAACAGGGUCCUGCAGGGUCUGAUGCCCACGUGCCACGCCUUUCUUUCUCCGCCGCGCUGACUCGCCCGAUGAGAAGCUCGGGGACCAUAGUGUUCAACGACGUCCUUGUUAAUGAAAACAACGUCUACGAUCCCAAAACAGGUUAUUUCACAGCUCCAGUGAGUGGGAAGUACUUCUUCAGCGGCAUUCUUACGGGCCAUAAGAACAUGAAGAUCGAGGCAGUGUUGUCCAAGUCCAACACUGGCGUGGCCCGAGUGGACUCCGCCGGCUACCAGCCCGAAGGCUUGGAGAAGCCCAUGGCGGAGGCCAAACAAAUCCCCGGCGCUCUGGCUGUCUUCAACAUCAUCCUGCCCAUGGAGGCGGGGGACACGGUCUGCAUCGACCUCGUCACCGGCAAACUGGCGUACUCCUCGGAACCGCUGACCAUCUUCAGUGGGAUGCUGCUGUACGAGACCAUCUGAUUGGCUCGUAGUCCUGAGUCUCCCUGAGUGAAACGUUUCCCCCUCACGAGAGCAUCUCAUUUGUCCGCCGGACUGUAAGAGACAGAGCCGCUGGCUGGACAGACGGAAGAGACUGAAAUAAGUGGACUGGAUUCACACCCAGCCAGGAAAUCAAACUAUAUUUUUACAUUCUAAGAAGAAAGGACAAAAACACCCACACCAAUCAAUACUUUGUUGUGUUUCACAGCUUUAAGGAAAGUAAUUUGUGCAAAGAGCCAGUGGAAUUUUUGUGUUUGUUUUUUUAAACUCAAUGACGUGUUGUCUUCAGAAAAAAAAGCCACUGCAGGGUUAUCUUAUAAUUCCAUAUUGUAUGCUGAAACUUGAAUUAUUUACCGCGUACACCGAGACGGCCUUCAGAUCUUUCUUGUGUUAAUGAAAGGACAUUUGGGAAGAUGAUGAAAGGAUGUGAGGGUCUUUUGUUUCAAUGUGUAAUCCACCCAGAGCAUAACAACUGUUCAAAAGAUUAUUGCACACUAUGUUUUCUGUUUCUAGUGUAGUUUUUUUCUUCUUCUUUUCAUGCUUACAGUUUCAUUUUGACCGCAAGCGAAUUCCCAGAAACAUAACGCUGAAUGCCAAUUGUCAUGGAAAAAAAGUGAUGUAGGCGGAGGGGACACAGUCCAAACCGCUGUUCUUUAGAAGGAUAUGCACAAAUGAAGUCACUGACAGUUCAUUCGAAAAUAAACCACAGGAUUUUAUAAAUCAUACAACAGCAAAACAAUACGACCAUUUUAGGACAUUAGCUAUGCCUUGAAACACGAGGGUGAGAGGAUGGGGAUUUUUUCUCUCUCUCUCUGUCCUAAUAAGGACCAUCUAAACGUGGUGGAGGAUCACGUAGUUAAUGUUAUGAAGCUGUUACUAUCAUUCUAUCUCACAGUGGGGUUUUGUUUAAAGCUAACACUUCUACACACAAGGAAGGAAGCUGAAGCAUGGUAUCUACUUCAUGAACACACACACUCAAGGGUGUUGGGUUCAAUGUCUCCAACUAUCUGCAGGUGUUGAUUAAGCGACAAAAACAUCUAAAAAAUAGUAGAAAAAAAUUGCGGAAAAUGUUGAAAGAAGGGUCAAAAACCUCGCAAAAACACUCAAAAAUAGGCAGCAAAAAAACCGUCCAAAGGCAACAAAUGUUGGAAAAAGUGACAAAUAAAAUUCAAACAAAUUGGCCAGAAAAACCCUCAAAAAGGCAACAAAAACCAUUGAAAUAAUUGUCAAAAAACAUUGAAAAAGGCAACAAAAACCAUUGAAAUAAUUGUCAAAAAACAUUGAAAAAGGCAACAAAAACAUUGGGAGAAACGGUCAAAAAAAAGCAACAAAAACUUUGGAAAAGCCCAGUCUUGUUUUUUGACAGGGUUGUAAUCCCCCAUCCCCCCCCCCCCCCCCCCCCCCCCCCCCCCCCCCCCAAAUUACACCCAUGCACACACUGCCCGCCUUAAGAAGAAGGAUUAAAAUGUCUCCAGCAAAUAUGUGUAUGACAUCACGAUUGUAGAUAUUCUUGAAUGGAUUUUAAAAAGGAACAUUGCACAUUUUCUGCAGAGAUGAUAUUCAGCAGAUUGGGCCACAUAUUGCAUUCUAUUUACAUUAUGGUGGAAGUAAUACAUGGAUUUAUAUCAGCAUAUCUGGGUUCGGUCACAAUGCAAAUUUUGUCACAUUUUUUCCUCGGUGUGGUAAUGUAAGUAUAUAUGUUUCUAUGUAGCCUAUAUUGUAUAACCUUUAAGGAAUGUAAAUAUUUUUCAAUGGUUUCGCCCAUAUAAGAUUUUUACGAGUUACCACUUCACCUUGCCAGGUAUUGUAUAUGUUUUGUAUGUUUGUGACACAUGUGUGCCUCAAAUACAGAUACCCAGUUUUACACA